AUGAAACCACAGGCCAGUAUUAUGGCUCAUGCUGCCAGAAAUUUGGGUCAAAUACGGCUAAAUUCCACCGUGAAAACCACUUCUUAUGAUCCAAGAAAGCAAGAGAUCCCAGAACAUUCAACUUUGUUCAGUAUGAUUCAACCUACUGGUAUGUUCCAUUUAGGUAACUAUCUCGGUGCUGUUAGAGCUUGGAAGGAUCUUACAGAUUAUGCUCCUGAUUCCACAAAGUUGAUCUUUGGUACUGCUGAUUUACAUGCUAUUACUAUUCCUAAACCGGCUAAAGAUAUAAGAAAAUUUAGAAGUGAAGCUAUUGCAAGUAUAUUAGCUUCAGGUGUUAAUCAUGAAAGGGCAAUUAUUUACCACCAAAGUGCACUACCUGAACAUGCUGAAUUGAAUUGGAUCUUAUCAACUUUGGCUGGUACUGGCUAUUUAAAUAGAAUGACACAAUGGAAAUCAAAAUCUGAAGGUUUAGAUAACUCAAGUUUAGGAUUAUUUGCUUAUCCAGUAUUACAAGCUGCAGAUAUCUUAUUAUUCAAAUCUACACAUGUUCCAGUUGGUGAUGAUCAAGUUCAACAUUUGGAACUUUGUAGAACUCUAGCUGAAUCUUUUAACAAACAAUUUGGUAAAACUUUUAAAUUACCAACAACAUUAUUAGCACCAACUAAAAAAAUCUUAAGUUUGAGAGAUCCAUUGAAAAAAAUGUCAAAAUCUGAUAAAGAUCAAAAUGCUACAAUUUAUAUUAAUGAGACAUCUGAUGAAAUUGCUAAAAAAAUUAAAAAAGCAGUUACAGAUUCAACAUCAACUCAUUUUAAUUAUGAUCCAGAAAAUAGACCUGGUGUUUCAAACUUAAUUAAUAUUAUAAGUGGUAUUCAAAGGAAAUCAAUUCAAGAAGUUGAAUCUGAUAUUUCAGAUUUUAAAGAUCAUAAAACUUUCAAAGAUUAUGUUUGUUAUGUUAUAAAUGAAGAAAUCAAUGAACCAAGAAGAAAAUUUGAAGAAUUAGUUCAAAAUUCAAACUACUUGAAUAAAAUUGUUCAAGAAGGUAAUGAAAAAGCUAGAGCUAUCGCAAGUGUUAAUAUUAAAGAAUUUAAACAAAAAGUUGGCUUUUAA